AUGUCAUCAACCGCUACACCUGACAAUGUUAAUAAUGAUGAACAUAAUGAGGAUACUAUCCCAGCUCACAAUGAAUUUCGUCCAUUACUCAUUUCAAAUAACAUCUAUACUUCACACAAUAAUGCAGUACCAACACGUGCACAAAAAGCUGCGCUAGAUGACGCAUCAAGAUGCAAAUCAAUAACAUUAUCGAAACCUCAGCCGACCAUAACAUCGACACUUCAACCAACAACGCCAUCAUCUGAACCCAACAACUCAUCCUCAACACGAGGUUUCAAUUAUUUGAAAAUUCCGCAACAACAAUUAUUGGAUCCUUUUAUUCAACAACGAAUUCAUGAAAUAAAACAACGCCCAAAUAUAAAACUGUAUGUAAACCAAUGUUUACUAUGUGCACGAUAUAACAUACCUCGACAGACACCACCUGGAUUACUAGAAACACCAGAACCACCAAGUGGAAUAUUUGAUUUAAUUGGCAUUGAUUUUUGGGGUCCAACGCUUGAAGCUACUAGUAAUGGGCAACAUCGGACAACUAAAUAUGCACCAUAUGAAUUAUUAUAUGGAAAACACCCUACUUUACCAUUUUCUCAACCUCAACCUAUGUUACAAUUCAUACGAUCAAAUGAUUAUUAUAAUCAAUUUCGUAAAUACCGUUCAUUUAUGAUCCAACAAGUUCGUACGAAUAUUCAACAACAACAGCAGCUGAGUAAGAAACGUUACGAUCAACAUCGGCAACAUAUCCAGUAUGAAAUAGGACAAUUGGUACUAGUAAAGCCAGCUGUACGCAAUAAUAAAAUGCAAGCAAUAUUUGAAGGACCAUACCGCGUGACUAAUGUUCUUGCACCAGUUACAUAUGAAAUUCAAUUAGAACAUUCGAAUUAUAUUAGACAACUACACGUGAAUGUAAUGAAACCGAUCUUCACACCACAAGAUUAA